AUGGCACCAACCGAUGAGACAAGCAAAAGCAACACAGCCUCCAAGGCUGCGGGUUCGGGGGAUGCCGAUUUGGCCCAAGCCUACCGGGACCUUGCUAGCCUCACCUCACUUUGUCUCGCCUCUCUCGCCUCGCCUCGCCUCAACACACCCUCCCCUCGCAUUUUCCCCAUCGCGAUCCACCUUCACCACGAAUUUCCUAUUCCUCUCGGUGGCCCAGACAAGGUUAUUGACCUUACACUGAUGCCCAAGCCUCUUGACUCAUGCGCUAUCGACCAGAGAUUCAAGUGGUUCAGGGGUGAGCAAGCUGCUACCAACCUCGAGAACAACCUUUCAAACCUCGAAAGUAGACUCGACGCCAUUCUCGCUGCCCUCGAAGCCAACAGCAAUUUACAGGCUUCUCCGGCUGCCAACGCAGCCCAAGCUGAUGAGUCUCGAAAGGCGGGAACAACAGACAGCAAAGAAAAGCCCCAGGACGGCGCCAACGGAGACGCAGUGGAGGACAAGAAAGACACGGCUUAA